AUGUUCUUCUUUCAUGCUCAAGAUCUUGCUUCCUUCACAAACACACUUACUGAAUUAUUUAACCGCAAUAUGAAUACUCAGAUACUCUUGAUGGCUGUGAAAGAAGAUAGUAACAUUAAGGAUUUCUUUGAACAAAUAUUCAAAAUUUUUAAGGAGAUGCAAUCUGCAGCAGAGGAAAUGCACAGCAAAAUGCAGAAGGAGCCUUUGUGUUCCAAGGUUGCAAUGGCUAUAUGCUCUGUGGUUGAGAAGAGUACCAAUGUAAAGGAGUUGCAUCAGUCAGCUAAAGAAGUGUUAAGAAACAUCCACACACCAGCCGUUGUCUCUGUACUGAGUAAUGGUAACAUCUUUGGGAGUGAGGCAUCUUAUCUUUCACUCUUAAUGAAAUCCCCCAUCAUGAAUCUUCAACUAAGUGACUUUCAUAGAGAAAACACCAAAGAGCAAUCAGAUGCCACCACAUCUGAGAAAGCUAUGGGCCCAGGUCCUUCCAAAAAUGCUAAAGUAGACAUCUUGAAAAAGUUGCAGGAUGCACUAAAAACUGUGAACAAUCCCACAGAGUCAGCAGCAGAUCUGUUGGAACAAAGUGUCAAUGCUAUGAGAUCAGUUUAUAGAGAUCCUCCAAAAAGCCAUAAGGACUAUGGGAACUGA